GCCAUCGAUUCUGUUGCAAUGGGUAGGGAUGAGCUAAAAUCAAGGAAGGAAUGGUGGCAAAUUUUGGUGAACAUUUUGAAGAGUGAAAGUGGAGCAGAGAGACAAGACGACAUUGUUGUAUCCGAAACUUACUUUUCAGCCCUCAGAAUUAAGUAUCCAACCAAACAUCCUCAACCGACAAAACACAGAGGAUCUCAACAGUGCGCGUUUGGUUUCUCAUUCAAUCUGAGAGAUCGCGUCAAAACAGAAGAAGACGUGGCUUUCAGAUCAGAAGAUCUUCUGAUUAAUUUAUGCAUCUCCUUUCAUCUCUUCCAACGAUCACCAUGCCGUUAGUUUCAUUGUUAUACAAUAUGGAACUGCGUUGCAGGAAACGUCAUUAAUUCUCAUCGCGGAUACACAAUGCACACUGCCUAAGAAAUUCAGCGAGGUGAAGUGGAUUUACCUGCGACUCUCUUCGUCACGUCCCAGGUGUUAGAAUGGGAGGGGUUGAGCACGGUGGAAGCAAUGUGGAAUUCAGAGAAUGUUGGAACAGAGCAAGAGGUUCACCAUACAUUAUGCGCCUUGCUUUAUCAGCAGGCAUUGGAGGUCUUCUAUUUGGCUAUGACACAGGUGUCAUCUCUGGAGCUCUGUUGUACAUCCGAGACUACUUUGAAGAAGUUGACAAGAAAACAUGGCUACAGGAAACGAUUGUAAGCAUGGCUGUCGCAGGAGCCAUCAUUGGUGCUGCAUUUGGAGGAUGGAUAAAUGACAAAUUUGGGAGAAAAAAGUCGAUUAUAGUAUCUGAUGUUUUGUUCUUUCUCGGUGCAAUAGUUAUGGCUUUUGCACCGUUUCCGUUGAUCCUCAUUAUUGGGAGAAUCUUAGUUGGUUUGGGAGUUGGUAUGGCAUCCAUGACUGCACCUCUGUACAUCUCAGAAGCUUCUCCUCAUAACAUCAGAGGAGCUCUAGUCUGUGUCAAUGGUCUGCUUCUCACAGGAGGACAAUUUCUGUCUUACCUUAUCAAUUUGGCAUUCACCAAGGUACCUGGAACCUGGCGAUGGAUGCUUGGGGUGGCAGGAAUUCCUGCUGUGCUUCAGUUUGUAUUAAUGUUGUCUCUCCCUGAGUCACCCAGAUGGCUCUACCGUCAGGGGAAGGAAGAGGAGGCAAGGAACAUCCUGUUGAGAAUCUAUCGGCAAGACGAAAUUGAAGAAGAGAUGAGAUCAAUGCAAGAGUCUGUUCAAGCUGAGAAGGAGGAACACUCGAAUGGCCAGAAGAAUUUGGCAAAAAGAUUGAAGGAUGCUUUUAGCAAUGAUGUAGUUCGAAGAGGUCUAUAUGCUGGCAUCACUGUUCAAGUUGCUCAGCAGUUUGUGGGCAUUAACACACUCAUGUAUUACAGUCCAACCAUUGUUCAGUUCGCUGGAAUUGCAUCUAACUCAACAGCUCUUGCACUUUCUCUCAUUACAUCAGGUCUCAAUGCUGUUGGCACUGUCAUGAGUAUGGCAUUCAUCGAUAGAUAUGGAAGGAGAAGACUUAUGCUCAUUUCCCUGGUUGGAAUCAUUGUUUGCCUCGUCGUUUCAAGUGCUGUCUUUUUCCAGGCAGCUAAACAUGCCCCUGCAGUUAGUGACCAAGACACCCUCAGUUUUGGAACCAACUCUACAUGCCAGCCUUAUAUAAAUGCUCCUAAAUUCCCUUCCUGGAACUGCAUGCAAUGUUUGCAUGAAGACUGUGCCUUCUGUGCCAACAGCGACAACGAAUAUCAUCCAGGUGCAUGCCUGUCUGCAGAAAAGAGUGUAAGAGGAGAGUGCCGUGCAGAGAAACGAGUAUGGUUUUCUAAGGGAUGUCCAAGCAAAAUUGGAAUCUUAGCUGUAGCAGUGCUGGGAUUGUAUAUUCUAGCAUACUCUCCAGGAAUGGGAACAGUGCCUUGGGUUCUGAAUUCAGAGAUAUACCCUUUGAGAUACAGAGGUUUAGGUGGAGGUAUAGCUGCAGUUUCCAACUGGUGUGCUAAUCUUAUUGUGAGUGAGUCAUUCUUAAGCAUGACUGAGACUCUUGGUGCAGCCGGCACAUUCCUACUUUUUGCUGGGUUCUCCGUCAUUGCAUUGAUAGCAAUCUAUGCAUUAGUGCCUGAAACCAAAGGCCUUCAGUUUGAGGAAGUGGAGAAGUUGCUUCAAGAAGGCUUCAAACCCUUCCCGUUUAACAAGAAAAAGAAGGACAUCAAAGAAAAAGUUGAAGAUGAGUAGUUGCCAUGUAAGAGUAGCUUU